AACAACAGAUGUGUAUCAUGUAGUCUACAUAGUAGACUACAUGGAAUCUGACGCGAUGAAUGAAAUGAUCCGAAUUUACUCACAUCUAAGGCCUGAUUUCACUGAUUGAAGUACGUUCCUUGUCAAGACUACAACCAUGGACAAGGCAUUGUCAUAUUCUGGCUUUAUAGGUGGACCAAGGAACACUGCUAUAUCUAGUGGCUUCUACAGUCUCAUUAGAGCAAUCAGGAGGUCCAACUCAAAAGGGGAAGAAGAGCGUAUUGUGCAAAAGGAGCUGGAUCUUAUAAGACAGAAUUUGUCCCAACCCGAUGUCUCACUGAAAAAGAUGAAAGAAUUCAUGGUUCGACUCAUCUAUUGUGAGAUGCUAGGCCAGUCAGCUAACUUUGCUUACAUUCAUGCUAUUAAGAUGGCCCAACAAGGAGUGCUCCUCAACAAAAGAGUUGGAUAUUUGGGAGUUAGUUUGUUCCUGCACAGUCAGCAUGAGCUGAUCUUACUAUUGAUCAACACGAUACAGAAAGAUCUGAAUAGCACUAAUGUGCUUGAUGUGUGUGGAGGAUUGACAGCAUGUGGUAAUCUUAUUGGAGCUGAGAUGGUUCCUGUUGUUCUUCCACUUAUAGAGCAAAACUUACAACACCCACAUGAAAGUGUAAGGAGGAAAGCAGUGUUAGUACUCCACAGCUUUGUGCUGAAGUGUCCACAUCUGAUAUGUCACAUGAAAGAACAUUUGCAACAGGCUUUGUGUGAUAGAUCACCUGGAGUCAUGACUGCUGCUUUACAUGUCUAUCAAGCACUCAUCAAGGAAAACACAGAGCAUCACAGGUCUUUGGUACGUCCCCUAACCAGUAUUCUUAAGCAGAUUGUGCAGAGAAAAUUGUCCCUGGAAUAUGAGUUUCGAGGCACACCUGCUCCUUGGUUGCAGAUUCAAAUCCUGAGGAUGCUUGCAAAACUCGGGCUCAAUGAUCCGAAAACAAGUCUAAUGAUGUAUGAUGUCCUUGAGGAGGUCUUGGAUUCAUCCAACACUCUGUCACUGAUAUCUUGUGGUGUCCAGUAUGAGUGCAUCAUGACCAUUGCAAACAUCCAUCCCAAACUUAGUCUGUUGAAGAAGACUUCUAUCUGUAUCACUAGGUUCCUGAAGUCACAAAGCAAUAAUCUCAGGUACCUAGGUGUCAAUGCUUUAGGAGUCAUCCAUAAAGUGCAUCCUGAAUUCAGUAGAGAACACCAGAUGACAGUUGUAGAAUGCUUGGAGGAUGAGGAUCCUACUAUUAAACAAGCAACAAUGAAUCUGCUAUAUGAGAUGUGUAGUGCAGACAACAUUAGUGUGAUACUGGACAAGGUAUUAGAUCAUCUCAUUUCCAGCAGUAUGGAGACAUUUGAUCACAGUGAACACAUCAACAAGAUGGUGUCUUUAGCUCACCAAUUCCAUCCGAGUAUAAGGUGGUAUGUAAUCAUCAUAGUAAAGAUUCUGAAUCUAUGUGGUACCAACAUUCCUGCAAACACCAUCAAUAAUCUCAUUACUUCCAUACAAAUGCAGGGGAACUUAAUUUCAUAUCUUCUUCAUCUCUAUGAAGAACCCAAAGAAGCAGGAUUGAUUUCAUACCUUGUUGAAGAGAUGCUCACUGUAGCCAACCAGACUCAUCUUUCAGAGGAUCUGAUAAAACUCAUAGUUUGGAUUUUAGGAGAAUUCAGUCACUCAGAGAUGUCAACCGUCCCUGGCUCUGAAGCAUUGGCUGGAUUAGUUGCCCUGCUUUCCAAGACAAUGUCACCUACUACCAGAUGCUGUGUAGUAGCAGCUAUUACCAAAGCAGUUUUGAAGAGUGGACUAGUAUCCGAGAAUGUCACAAAGACUGCUGUAACUCUACAUGCACAAAACAAUAUUCAUGUUAAACAGGGUUCCUAUGAACUUGAAGUGCUUUGCUCUGACCCAGAACUCAUAUCAGCAUUGCCAAACAUAACAAGGGAUCAGUUUGACUGGACUUUAUCUUUCCUGGAUGGCUAUGUCUCUGAAGCCCUGGGGAAUGGAGCUGCUCCUUAUAAACCCAAACAACAAAGAUCAGCAGAAAAACAUAAUAGUCCUGAAGUAAUGAGGCCAUUUCUGUCUGGUCUAAACUUCAGCCCAUAUGCCUUAAACUCUGCUUCUGUGAUGACACCAACUGAAUCUUCUAGCUCUGUUACCCUUAACAACCAAGAGGCUGCCAGUGUUUCAUGGUCUCCAUCUCAAUCACUUAGCUCUGAUGCUACUGGAAGCAGUAUCGAUGUAGAGUUAGCAACAAGACCUUCAUUGAAGACUGAGGGAAUCCAGAAACUUUGGAGUCAAACUGGAUACAGUAGAAAGAAAGAAGGCAAUAGGAAGAGACUCUCUCCAAAUAAAAACAACACAGUACAAGCAACACAGGAAGAUGGCAGAAAAGAUAAACAACCUGCAAUGCAUAUGACACCAGUAAUAGCUGUAGGCAUGUCAACUCUUCAUACAGCUGAAAGUGAAGAGGACAAAAGGAAACAAGAAUUGGCAAAGGCUUUAUUUGGAGCUGUGAGAACGCAAACGGAGAAAGAUGAGAUACCUCCUCAGCCCCAAAUCAAACAUUCUACUGAGAGAGUAGGUCCUACCAGUUCAGAAGCUUUUGCAGACUACUGCACAGAAGAGGGUCUGAUGAUCCAUGGGGAAACGGGCCAGAAUAUUUUAUUAGAUGUUGGAAUCCAGAGUGGGGAAGAUGAUGAAAGCACUACACAACAUCAUCUGUUAAACUUGUAUUGCACCAACAAGCUCAGUGAUUCUAAUACCACGAAACUAGACACAUUACAAGAAAAUGUUGGUGAUGUAGAAACCAAGUCAAACCAUGGUUUUUGUUUGCUUGAUGGAGGUGAAUCAUUGCCAUCCUUACCAGUUGAUUUAGAGACCUAUCCUCGUAGUCAAGUAGCUGAAGAAUUAGUAUUUGAUACUAAUGUAAGACUUAUGAUGAGGAGAGUUUGGCAGACUGAUGCUUUAGUGAUUGUUUUCUACAUCAGUGCUCUUGUGGCAAUAGACGAAGCAAGGAUAACAUUAGAUGUCCCAUCAAAUAUGAAGUGUAUGAUAGAUGACAAGGAAACCAAUCUGAUAGAUAUUCCACGAUUGGGAGUAACACAAGCCAAGUUGAUGUGCCAUGUACCUGCCGCUCAUAUGAGUCUUGGAGGAGAACUUACAUUUAAAGAUGCUACCAAAACACUCAAAAGAUUGUUCUUUCAUGCACCAAUUCAUAUCGAAGAUUUAUUGAGAGCCAAAGAAAUUACAACUGAGGAGUUUGGGAAACUGUGGCGAGAGCUGAGCUUGGAUCAAAGAUUCAUACAGGAAGCCAAUGGUUUGACCAUUUCAAGAAUCAUGAACAAGAUGACGAGUAUUCACAUGUUUCCUGUUGAGAUUAUAGGUGAGGAGGGAAUCCUGGCUGCAUCACUUCUUCAGUCUUCUAUCUGUCUAAUUCACAUCAAGCUAAACAAUAACAAACUGGACAUCUGGGUUAAAUCAAGAAGUAAGCUGCUUUCACAAGUCCUUGCCAACAAAUGUGCCAGUCUGAUAGAGCAGGAUCAAAAGAAUUAGACACACCAUUUAAAGUUAUCUUGCUAAUGUACCAAACUCUUUAUUAUACAAAUAAUAUCUGAAGCAUAUUUUAUGAUUAUAAAUUAGAUUAUAAUUUUAAAUUGCUUUUGUCAUACAGUUUCAUUGUCACUUGUAUAAUAACUGCUCAUGUUGAUGUAGAUGUGAUAGUUUUGUCUGUAAUCUAGCCUAUUCUCAUCCCAGGGGCUCCAGUCAGUAUAUAGCACUCUGCACAUGCAUCACCACAGGUUUUUCUAAAACCAUCCUGAACAAGUUUUAUCCAUUGUUCAAAAUUGCACCCUUUUAAUUUAAAAAAUCACUUUUUUCUAAAAGAAAUUACCCAAUAAAUCAGUUUAAACUCCUUCAGCAUAUCCCCUAAACAAGGUCUACCUCAGUCAAACCUCUUGAUCUAAAAAGGGUACCAUUCUUGCAUUAUAGCAAACUCAACAAACACCCUUUUUUUCUGAUUGUUGGCCUAUUUGACAGCCUAUGUGUCACACACCCUCCGUGAGCAGCAAGAACUCACCUUUUCACAUAUUCUUUGAUAGUGCCUGUGUACAUGCUAAUUACACCAAGAUGAAUGUUGUCUGUUUGGAGCCAAAAGGGCAUUCAGAUCUACACCCUACUAGCUCUAUAAACCAGAUAAAUUGAUCUUUUCUUCAGUAUCUACUGUGUGCCUAAUAGGCAGGUAAGGAUUAGAAUGUGGAUCACAAAUUAUAGGGACAAAUGUAAUUUGCUCCUCGCGACCCAUGUGUAAUGAGUAGGUACAUCAAGGACCAUUUCAUAGAAGUUAGAAUGCCCUUCGUACAGUAAGCACAUGCAAAAACAUGUAACAGCUGGUGUAAUGAUUAAAAUCAAAAACCUUUUAGUUUGGUUUGUGCUAUACAUGAACAGAAAAGGUUUUUUAUUGUACAUGUAGUAGAUUUAUUAUAUUGUCAUAUCCUUAUUCUAUUUGAUGCACAUACAUGUAGUCAAGUGGUUUACAUGCUUUAAUGUAGAGAUGUAAAGGCUGUGCGUUGUUUAAGCCAGAGCACAGCACUAUAUAAUGUCUUUGGGAAGACAUUUAUCUACCAGUAUGUUUCCCUGACUUGACCCAAGUGUCGUACAUGUAUAUGUAACUUGAUUGGUACGGAGAAGGAAUGAAUUUUGAUGUGCUUUUCAAGAAAUUGAAUAUCAUUAAAAUUGUUUAUCAGGUUAGAUGAAUAGAGAUUUUCUGGUCUAUUGAUGAGCCAUGACAACAGUUUUG